AUGAAAAAUUGCCCUACUAAAAUCGUUCUUCGACGACUACCACCGAAGCUGACGGAAGAAGAAUUUUUAAAAAUCAUUGACCCCCUACCUCCCCACAGCUACUUUCGAUUUUGCCUGCCGGAUGACUCUUUGGAAGGUUUGUCUCUACCGAGAGCGUACAUAACGUUCAACGACAUCGAAUCACUAUUUGAUUUCAAGGAACGCUUUGAUAACUACGUUUUUGUGGACUCGGAAGGCAAUGAAUCAUACGCUCUGGCUGAAUUUGCCGUAUGUCAAACACUGGCCAGCAGUAAAGAAACCUCAGCAUCCAAAAAAGCGGAUAAAGUAGAUAAGAAACGAGGGACAUUAAAUGAUGAUCCUCAGUUCAUUGCUUUUAUCAAAAGCUUGGAACCGGCUGAUGCGGCAACGAAGUCCUCGGAUGCCGAGCCAAAGAAAACUCCUUGGGAAGCUAUUUUGGAAGAAAUCCAAGCUCGCGAAUCCGCUGCAGAAAAAGUGAGUAAAACCUUAUUAGUUGUAGGCUGA